ACAACAACUAUAUUCAUAGCUUCAGAAGAGGAGAAUAUUAUAUUGAUAUGAUCAAAUCGGAUUCAUCAGAUUGUUUCUAAAGUAGUGUACAUGACCCUUCCUGAGGGAGUAAUUCAAUUUAUAUUGGAAUGCACGCCAUUCUAGGAUAUAUAGACUUUUCAGCAGAUUACCAACAAUUCUGAUUCUAUAAUAGUGUAUUGAUCUAUUGCACAAUCCAGUUGAUAAUUAUGAACUAGACACGCAGCGUACGGAUAUACCUGCAAAAUGAAGGAAACUUUCCAAAAUUCGAAUGAAAAUUUUGUUGAGAGUAUCAAUACAGAAAGUGUUGUUCAAAUUGAGAACAAUGGUUUAAUUAAUGAGAAUAUGAGCGGAGUAGACACAGAAAUAUAUGAUAAUAAUAUGGAAAAUGUAAAAGCACCGGAAAACAAUCUGGAAGAUGACAACAAGGUUGGACAGAAACAUGAUUCAACGCUGCAAAAUGGUACGGAUUUGAAUACCACGGACAACAGAAAUGUAGGGAACUUUCUUGAGGAAGAAGUUAAUAAACCGUUAUCAAAUUGCCCGCGUAUAUUCAAAGACGAGUCAAGAAUGGGAAAAGACAAUGAAGCUUUUACCAACAGCAGCCAAGACAUUCAUGAUAAUUGUGCAUCGAUACAAAACGUAGACACUGACGAAUUGAACAAGAACUAUCUCAGUCCAAACGGACAUGAAUCAUUAAGCACAGAAACAUUUGAAGACGUUGUAAAUGUUGUGACAAAUAAGGACUCUGUGAACAGUGUCGAAAAUGAAGAUGUUCCAACGUAUCUCCCACAACAAGUAAGGUCACGGCGAAGAGCAAAAAUUGGAUCAGAAGACCUUAUAACAAAUGAUGAUCUGCUUUUAGCUGCUACGCUUGUUGCCAAUGCGAUGCAGGGACAUAAAUUUGAUGUCAAACGAGAGCCAAGAUAUGUCAGGUCGUACAAUCUUUUUAAGUCCAUAUAUCUUCGGCUACCGCUAUACGUCGCUAUCAUAGUAACAUUGGUGUUGGCUGUAUUCGAGGAACCUGCGGUACCGGGUCUGGAUCUACCUUACUGGGUCACAAUGUCGGUGGAAACAACUUGUCUUUUGUUCUUCAUAUUUCGAAUUUGUCAUCACGCCCACUGGAGAAUUCCUCGAGACUUCAAAAAGGAUCUUAAGAUGAUCAUCGCUAUUGCUUGCAUCAUUAUUACGGCGCUUGACAUGAUUGCAUAUGUUCUUGUUAUUCAAUUCACUGGAAGCAAAGCUGUAAGGUGGUCAAGGUCAUUGAGGCCACUGCUGAUAAUGAACUUCUCCGAUGGUACACACUUGAAGCGAGCCUGGGCCAAUAUUCGGAUGACAUUGAAACAAAUCGUUCAUGUCAUCGUUCUGUUCUAUUUUUUGAUCGUGGUAUUCUCCCUCGUGGCUAUGAAAAUGUUCCAGUACAGGGGAGACAUGAAGUUUCCUGAUGGAAGCGAGUACUUCAAAAAUUAUUUGGAGAGUUUCUGGCAAUUGUAUAUCCUAGUUACAACCGCAAAUAACCCAGAUGUCAUGAUGCCUGCAUAUGACAAAAAUCGCUGGUAUUGUCUGUUUUUCACUGUGUAUAUCAUAUUGUGCCUAUAUCUCAUGUUGAACAUACUGCUUGCUGUUACCUACAACAGCUACAGAGAAAAUAUGAAGGAUCAGAUAAAACAUUCAGCACAUAUGAAAAGAAAAAUUUUACAUCAAGCAUUCGAAGUCAUUAAAAUAAAUGUAGAUGGCAACGAAAUGGUGACAUACAAGACGUGGAAAAGGCUCAUCAGGCUGGCACAUCCCGGAAAAACUAACCAUCAAAUUGAUCUUCUUAUGAUGGUCCUGGAUACUGACAGAUCCGGGUUUAUAAGUCGACAGCAGUUUCUUAAUAUUGCCGAUUUGUUGAAUGUUCCUAUAUCAGUUGUAUCAGAGAGGAAAAAUUUCAUGGAACUGCACUUUAAAAAGAUCUACAAAUCAAAACUGAGUAAAAAUCUGAGAAAAAUGGUUGAUUCGAUAUAUUUCAGUUUAGCCUAUGACGGCAUUGUGGCUAUCAAUGUAGUACUAUUAUGUCUCAAUGUCGACGAUGCCGACUGGUUCUUUCUGGCUUUGUAUGUAUUAGAAAUUGCUUUAAAGUGGUAUACUUUCGGUACCAAAAGAUAUUUCUACAAUUUUCAAAACUGGACUGACGUUAUCAUAACAAUUUUGUCAUUAGUAGUUUUGGUUGUAACCGAAACUGGUACAGCAGGUAGCACGAAUUCAGAAAUCCUCAGCGUGCUUAAUGUGUUCAGAAUCUUCAGAAUUCUCCGAUGCCUCAUAGAAUUCGAAAGGUUUCGAAUUAUUUUCGAUGCUGUUUUCAACGUUUCAUUUUCCAUAUUUACCUACUGCGGAAUAUUGUUUAUUGUUUUCUACUGUUUCGCAAUCAUUGGGAUGGAAAUAUUUGCGGGGAAGAUUGAAUUUCUCGGAGAUGCACCAAACGCUACAGAACGAGCAGUAUACUGCGACAAUCCUGCACUGAACGGAAGCCUUUUUACUGCUAACGGCUAUUGCAAGAUCAAUUUCAAUGAUAUCUUGAACUCAUUUGUAGUCCUUGCAUCUUUGCUCAUUGGAAACAAUUGGCAUGAUAUCCUUUUCAUGUGA